AUGGCGGCCGCCGCGCUCAGGGCCCAGCUCAACGCCCACAUCGCCUCCAUGUACGCCACGGGUAGUGUGGACGCGUAUUUCCAGCAGCUGCAGUCGAUGGACGAGGGCAGUGCAGCCACGGGCUUCGUCGCCGAGGUCAUCAACAUCUUCCUCAAUGACGCCGACAGGAUCAUCAACGACAUCGCCGGCCUGCUGAACCAGCCCGAGGUGGACUUCUACAAGGUGGACGCCCUGGUGCAUCAGCUCAUUGGGAGCAGCUCCACUGUUGGUGCUAAGAAAGUGAAACUCGCCUGCAUUCAAUUUCGACAGUCCUAUGUGGCAAAAAGCAAAGAAAGGUGUCUCAUGGCAUUGACUCUUCUUAGGAAUGAGUUCUGUGAUGUGCGCAACCAGCUCCAGACCAUGAUGCAGCUGGAGCGGCAGAUCGCGGCCUUGAGAGAGGAGGAUUUAUGUUAG